AUGAGCCAAAGGCUUGAAAAUGUAUUAUCUCUUAAUCCCGAAGAACCUAACAUUUGUCCUGUAUGUGAAAUUGAAAUUUCUCUACAACUUAGUGUACCAAUUACAAUGUUAGUGUGUAAACAUACUUUCCGCCACGAUUGCAUCGUAAAUAGAACAUCUACUGAUUGUCCAAUAUGUGAGAUGGUAGCCGAACCAAAGGAGGAUGAUGAAACCAAUAAUGAAGUAUCAUCAGAAGAGGUCUCAUCAGAGGAGGAAUCAUCAGAUGGGAAAAUUCUUGAAGAAACACCAAAGCAACCUAUAAUUACAUGUGGGCAAAAAAUAAUACAGGGUUUAAUAUUAGAAUUAUCUGUACCUACUGAAGUUACGCCGGUUUUGACAUUGCACCAUUCACCAAUCGGCUUUGGCGCAACCGUUGCAACUGGUGAAACUAUUGCAACUGGUGAAACUGGCGCAACUG